AUGGGGAGAUCAAAAUCUAUCGGGGGGCUUGGCUUUCGGGAUUUGGUUGUGUUUAAUAAAGCUCUCCUAGCAAAGCAAGGUUGGAGAAUUUUGCAGGAUUCCAAUUUUGUGGCAGCACAGAUUUUGAAGGCCAAAUACUUUCCAAAAUGUACAUUUCUAGAAGCUCCAUUGGGCUCAAAGCCAUCUUUUGCCUGGAGGACCUUGUUCAAUGCCAAAGACCUGCUGUCCCAAGGUCUUAUAUGGAGAAUAGGAAAUGGUAAAUCAGUGAAAAUAUGGGGUGAUAAGUGGCUGCCCACUCCAACCACUUAUGUGGCUGAAUUGAUAGACGAGGAGCAAGGGAGCUGGAAAGAACUACCUUUAGAGCCUUGUUUGAGUAUUGUAUGGAGCGUUUUGACAAAAAUGAGCAUGCACUUUUGGCCAUUACAGCUCGGCGAAUAUGGCUGCGUAGAAAUUCUCUCGUCUUCGAAGGUAAAUUUGCUCACCCAAAUGCAGUCUAUAAUGAAGCAGUUAUAUCCUUUGAAGAGUUCAAAAGAUGCAAUUUAA